AUGGAAUCUAUAAACAGUUUGAUACCUGAUGAUGCUCAAAAAACUUUAAUAUUCUUUGUAAAUGGCAAAAAGGUUAUUGAGGAAAACCCAGACCCAGAAUGGACUUUACUAUUUUACCUUCGCAAGAAACUUUUGCUUACUGGAACUAAAUAUGGAUGUGGAGAGGGUGGAUGCGGCGCCUGUACAGUCAUGAUCUCACAAUAUUUGAAGACUGAAGAUCGCAUCAAACACAUUGCGGUAAACGCUUGCUUGACACCAGUUUGCGCUAUGCAUGGCGUAGCGGUGACCACCGUUGAAGGAAUAGGUUCCACACAAGAACGUUUACAUCCCGUGCAAGAAAGACUAGCAAAGGCUCACGGGUCACAGUGUGGAUUCUGUACACCAGGCAUCGUAAUGUCAAUGUAUACUCUUUUACGAAAUAAAACUAAAAUUGAAUAUAAAGACAUAGAAACUGCAUUGCAAGGAAACCUUUGCAGAUGCACUGGGUACAGACCUAUAAUUGAAGGUUUUAAAACUUUCAUAGAAGGCUGGGAAAGAAAUUAUAUGCCGGAAGCUCAAAACACUAUUUGUGGUAUGGGUGCAGAGUGUUGUCGAAACAAGAAAACUAAUAACGAAGAAUUAUUUAACAAAUCAUCUUUUAAACCGUAUGAUCCUACACAGGAGCCAAUUUUCCCGCCAGAGCUAAAAUUAAAUAGCAGUUAUUCGGAGGAAUACUUAUUCUUUUCUGGAGAAAACGUUACUUGGAUACGUCCGAAAAGUCUUCACGACUUGUCGACGAUAAAAGCUAAUUAUCCGUCUUCUAAAAUAAUUGUAGGCAAUAGUGAAAUUGGCGUCGAAGUUAAGUUUAAGAAAAAAGUGUAUCCAGUGUUGUUAUAUCCAUCACUAAUAGCAGAAAUGAACUUUUGUAAAGUAACAACUGACGGAAUGCUUAUAGGAGCUACCAUCACAUUGAAUGAAUUGUCUCAUUUCCUGCAAGAACAAAUCAAAACAAAUCCUAUUGAAUCUAAAAUAUUUAAAGCUAUUAACGAAAUGCUGCAUUGGUUCGCAGGUGAUCAAAUUCGGAAUGUAGCAUCACUUGUAGGAAAUAUUGUAACAGCUAGUCCGAUAUCUGAUUUAAAUCCAAUUUUAAUGGCAUGUGGAGCUAAAUUGAAUAUUUAUAGUGUAAGCAGGGGGACAAGAAAAGUUACUAUUAAUGAUGAAUUCUUUAAAGGAUACAGAAAAACGGCUCUAGAACACGAUGAAACUGUUGUGUCUGUAGAAAUUCCGUUUACCACUGAAUCACAAUACUUCAAAGCGUACAAGCAAGCUCGACGAAAAGACGACGACAUAUCUAUAGUAACUGCCGCGUUUAAUGUAAAAGUAGACCCAAUAACUGAAAAGAUUUUAGAAGCAACUUUAUGUUUUGGUGGUAUGGGGCCAACUACCAUUUGUGCUAAAGCAACUUCAGAAAGAAUAAUUGGAUAUCGUUGGGAUCAAACAAUGCUACAUGCCGCAUUUGAAUCGUUAACUAAUGAGUUAGAAUUGGAUGUCUCAGUUCCAGGAGGAAUGGCUGAUUACCGCAAAUCACUUUGUUUAAGCUUGUUUUUUAGAUUUUAUUUACAUAUUUUACAAAGUUUGGAGAAAAAAGGAGUAAAACCAGUUAGCGAUGAAGACUUUAGCGGCGUAGACGAAAUAAGAAUAUUGGAGCCAAGUAGUGCACAGUGCUUUGAAGUAACUAACAAAAAUAAAAUUACAUCAGACGCUGUUGGAAGGCCAAUAACACAUACUUCAGCAUUAAAGCAAGCCACUGGAGAAGCUAUAUAUUGUGAUGAUAUUCCGCCUGUAAAGGGAGAACUGUUUCUAAAACUGCUAUUCAGCCAAGAAGCACAUGCCAAAAUUAAAUCUAUAGACGCAAGUAAAGCUCUAUUAAUAUCAGGCGUAGAAGCAUUCUUAUCGGCUGAGGAUUUAGCUGACGAUUGUAACAAAAUGGGCCCUAUAAUAAAAGAUGAAGAAGUUUUUUCACGGGAUAUAGUAACUAGUCGUGCUUGUGUAUUGGGUGCAAUUAUAGCUACUUCUGAUAGCAUAGCUAGAAAAGCAAUAGAUUUAAUUUCUGUGGAAUAUGAACGUUUAGAGCCAGUCAUUGUUACGUUAGAAGACGCAAUAUCACAACGUUCAUAUUUUACUGGAUACCCGCGUGUUCUCCGUAAAGGUGAUGCAAAUGAGGCAUUAUCAAACGCAAAUAAUGUAAUAGAAGGAUAUGUAAGAAAUGGGGCACAAGAACAUUUUUAUCUUGAAACUAUAUCUGCUUACGCUAUUAGGAAAGAAGAUGAGCUUGAAAUUGUAGCUACGUCACAAAAUCCGGAAGAAAUAGCACACGUUGCUUCUGCGGUGCUUCAAAUACCCAACCACAAGGUAGUUGCUAAAGUUAAGAGGGUUGGUGGUGGUUUUGGGGGCAAAGAAACAAAAGCUAAUUUAUUAGCUAUUCCAGUAGCAAUCGCUGCAUAUAAACUAAAAAAACCUGUAAGAGCUGUAUUGGACCGAGAUGAAGAUAUGCAGGUUUCAGGUUAUAGACACCCUUGUUUGAUCAAAUAUAAAGUAGGAUUUACAGAAGACGGAAAAGUUACUGGGGCAAAAUUUGAAAUUUAUGUCAAUGCAGGUUACUCCCUGGAUAUCUCUUGUGCGAUGUUAGAAAGAACAAUUAUGCACGUCGACAAUUGUUACUUUAUACCGAACGUCGAAAUGUCUGGAUAUCUUUGCAAAACCAACAUGCCUUCAAACACAGCAUUCAGAGGUUUCGGGGCUCCAAAAGGAAUGUUGGUUGCAGAAACAAUUAUGCGACAUAUUGCUGCCACAUUAGGAAAAAGUUAUGAGCAGAUUAUUGAAACAAACCUUUAUCAAGAAGGUUCAUUGACGCAUUACAAUCAGACGCUAACAUAUUGUACACUAUCAAGAUGCUGGAACGAAUGCAUAGAAACUUCAGACUAUUGGAAGCGAAAGAAAGAUAUCGAAGAAUUUAAUAGGCACAAUAGAUGGAAAAAGAAGGGCAUCAGCUUGGUUCCAACCAAAUAUGGAAUUUCGUUCCAAAUCGAUGUUCUAAUGCAAGCAGGAGCACUUCUGCAUGUGUAUAAAGAUGGGUCAGUUCUCCUUUCUAUUGGAGGAAUAGAAAUGGGUCAAGGAUUAUUUACUAAAAUGAUACAAGUUGCAUCAAGGGCUUUAGAAAUAGAUUACACAAAAAUCCAUAUUAGUGAGAUGUCUACAGACAAAGUUCCUAAUAGUUCGCCAACUGCCGCCAGCAUAAGUUCUGAUUUAUACGGAAUGGCUGUCGUAGAAGCGUGUAAAGUAUUAAAAGGUCGACUGGAGCCAUUUAAAGUUAAAAAUCCUACGGGAAAAUGGGAAGACUGGAUUAUAGAAGCAUACGUGAAUAGAGUACAAUUAUCUGCCACAGGAUUUUACGCAGCUCCAAAAAUUGAAUACAACGCUGAGACUAACUCUGGAAAUCUUUUCGAAUAUUUUACCUUCGGAGUUGCAUGUUCUGAGGUAAUCAUAGAUUGUUUGACUGGAGAUCAUCAGGUUUUACAAACGGACAUAGUAAUGGACGUCGGGGAAAGUUUAAAUCCUGCAAUAGACAUUGGACAGAUAGAAGGGGCUUUUAUGCAAGGGUAUGGUUUCUAUACUUUGGAAGAAAUGGUAUUUUCACCAAAUGGAGAGGUAUUAUCGCAGGGGCCUGGAGCUUAUAAGAUACCAGGAUUUUCAGAUAUACCGAAAGUUUUCAACAUUUCAUUGUUAAAGGGUGCGCCAAAUCCACGAGCCGUUUAUUCAUCAAAGGCCGUGGGAGAACCGCCACUAUUUCUCGCUGCAUCAGUAUUUUUCGCGAUAAAAGAAGCAAUUAAGUCAGCUCGUUUAGACAGUGGAGUGUCUCCCGAAUUUGAAUUAGAUGCACCGGCAUCCUGCGCUCGUAUCAGAAUGGCUUGCGAAGAUCUUAUAACCAAAAAGGUAACACCAACUAUAAAAGGCAACGGGAAACCAUGGAAUGUUGUAGCUUGA